UGGAGAUAUUAUUUAUAGAGUUCACUGUCUCUUGAAUCCAUGUCAUAAAAGUCCAUUACAAUCUUUUUCUCUCUCUAAAUUCAGCCCCAAGUUGAGCAAUAUGAUUCCCUACCAGCUCCUGCGAUCCAGGUCCAAUUUACAGCUGGGUAAGUUCAUCAAACAUGUUGCCGCUGCUAGAAAUCUGAAAGUGCCCCCACAUCAUUGUCCUACAUUUGCCAGUUAUAGUUCAGAAGCAUCUUUGCAGAGUGAUGUUCCUGAAUCAAAUGAUAAAGGAUUCAAGGGCCAUGACAUGCUUGCACCUUUUACUGCUGGAUGGCAGAGUACAGACUUGCAUCCUUUAGUUAUUGACAGAUCGGAGGGAAGUUAUGUCUAUGAUGUAAAUGGAAAAAAAUAUCUUGAUGCUCUUGCUGGUUUAUGGUGCACAGCAUUAGGGGGGAAUGAGCCUCGACUUGUGGAAGCUGCAACCAGACAAUUGAAUAAGUUACCAUUUUAUCACUCUUUUUGGAACCGUACCACAAAGCCAUCUCUGGAUCUUGCAACAGAACUGCUAGAGAUGUUUACUGCUAGGAAAAUGGGAAAGGUCUUUUUUACAAACAGCGGGUCUGAAGCUAAUGAUUCCCAGGUGAAGCUAGUUUGGUAUUACAAUAAUGCAUUGGGAAGACCGGAUAAGAAGAAGUUUAUUGCACGACAAAAAUCAUAUCAUGGAUCAACUCUAAUUUCGGCAAGUCUCUCAGGUCUUCCAGCAUUACAUCAGAAGUUUGAUCUUCCAGCACCUUUUGUAUUGCAUACAGACUGCCCACACUAUUGGCGCUUCCAUCUUCCUGGUGAGACGGAGGAGGAAUUCUCCACCAGAUUAGCAAAUAACUUGGAAAAUCUCAUAUUGAAGGAGGGACCGGAGACAAUUGCUGCAUUCAUUGCCGAGCCUGUCAUGGGUGCUGGAGGUGUCAUUCCACCCCCUGUAGCAUAUUUUGAGAAGAUUCAAGCUGUUGUGAAGAAAUAUGAUAUUCUAUUCAUUGCAGAUGAGGUUAUCUGUGCCUUUGGAAGGUUGGGGACAAUGUUUGGGUGUGAUAAGUACAAUAUUCAGCCAGAUCUUGUAACCAUUGCAAAAGCUCUUUCAUCAGGAUAUAUGCCCAUUGGUGCAAUUCUUGUAAGCCCCGAAAUCUCGAAGGUUGUUUACUCACAAAGCAAUGAACUUGGUUCGUUUGCCCAUGGAUUUACUUAUUCUGGGCACCCUGUGGCUUGCGCUGUUGCAUUAGAAACACUGAAAAUUUACAAAGAGAGAAAUAUUGUUGACCAAGUCCUCAGCAUAGCGCCAAGGUUCCAAGAAGGCAUACGAGCCUUUUCUGAGAGCCCCAUUAUUGGAGAGAUACGAGGAACAGGAUUGAUACUUGGUACUGAGUUUACAGAUAAUAAGUCUCCAGCAGAUACUUUCCCACCUGAGUGGGGGGUAGGAGCAUGGUUUGGUGCUGAAUGUGAGAAGCAGGGAAUGUUGGUACGAGUCGCUGGAGACAACAUUAUGAUGUCACCCCCUUUCAUCAUGACACCAGAAGAGAUAGAUAGAUUAAUUAACAUCUAUGGAGAGGCGCUCAGAAGCACGGAGGAAAGGGUGAAGCAGCUCAAGGCACGACGGUAGCAGCACAGGGCAUGAUGACCCCAAGCACAUCUUCUUUUCUUAGAAGUGAUGAUGAUGAAAAGUAUUAUAUGAAAUCGUGCGGUUGAAAGGUUCAAGUACUUCCAAUGGGCAUGUCGAAUUUUAUUCAAAGGGCUCAAACCCAAGCAAUAUGUAAUAUUUAAUAGAGUCGUAUCAGAGGGAGAAUUGUGUUGCUGUGUGAAGAGGCGACAUGUUUAUAGUUUGUCUUCUCUCUGCAAUAAAAUGUGGCCUACAUUUUCUGUGACAUUUUUCUUUGAAUCCUAUAGACUUUUUUGGUUGUG